AUGAAGGAUCAUUACCUAGUGGAAGCUGGAGCUGUGGCGCUCUGGGCUGGGAAGAUGACAUAUGAGGCUGAUGCAGUUAUGCACCCUGUGAUAGAGUUGGCUGAGAAAUUUGUGGCCAUCAGAGUCCAGAUCCUUGUAUACUUAAGAACGAUCCUCAAUAAGGUUGACUUAUGGGGCACAGACAUAUAUUCAACACAACACAAGUGUUUGAGGCUGACAAUGAUCAGAGUUGGAGUCAUAUGCAUCCAGAGCAAGCAUAUGGACAUAUGGAUAACUCUUUCUUUAUGUAAAGAUGAAACCCUCCCCACGCCUUCAUGUGGCUGGGUCAGUAUCUCCCAUACAAACAGAAGUCAUGUAAGGCCUGGUGCUGUUGAAAACAGCUCUAUUGUUUAUCCUGUUGAAAAUAUGUCCAUUGAUGGUGUACAUUAUUCUUGUCACUGGAAUCCUGCCCCACGGUCAAAUGGGUUUCCUUCCCCAAGUCACAAUAUUGAGGUGCCAGUGCCACAUUAUCAAACUGAUGCUUCAGGCCCCCUUCGUGAUCCAUUCUUGUAUCCACCUGCUUCUGGAAGCUUCUCUGUAGCCCCAGAAAAUUAUGCACAUCAUGGCUCUUCGUCAAAUUAUGGUGGACAGCCAUUCCAUGGGACUGAGGGUGGUUUUAUUGAUGUUGGUUUGGGCAAUGCGCGAGGGCCAUACAAGCGGAAAAGCCCUGGUGUACCUGCUGUCUGUGAGAGAGGCAGUUCAAGUAGAUACUAUGAAGCUGGAAGCUCCUCUGAUAUUCCCAUACCAUCUGACAUAUGGCAGGAGAAACCCAAUACAGAUUCUCAUCGUAUAUCUUGGGACUGUCCUGCCAUUGGCUCUGCUUAUAGAGGCAACAACCUUACAAUUGGAAGUGAGGGUACUCUGAGAAAUGUGAGAAGCAGAGCUGCGCUUGAUUUAGAAACCAACCUAUCUAGGACCCACUUAUCAAUCACUCCAUCACAGCAUCCCUAUACAACUGGCAAUCCUGUUGAGCAUUCGGGGCCAGUGGAGCUUAUGGGUCAGAGUUCUAAUGCUCCAGCACAGGAGUGGAACCAUAUUCAUGUCUCUCCUGCUGCUCAUGGGAGGAUUCUACUUCCAGAAAGUUAUUCAUCCAGACAUCCAAGGCGAUUAUCCACUGUAGGGUGGCGUAACAGUGAGCGGAGUGGAAGAGCAAGGGGGUCCAGUGAUAGAUACCAGUCACUUUCCGAGGAAGCCAGUUUUCGUGAUCGAUUGUCUUCUGAGUUGUAUACAAUAGGUGGUCUAAGGACAGUGCUGAUGUCAGCUAGGAGUCCCUUCUUGGCUUUUAUUGUCUGUAAUGGUCUUAUGAUUGUGGACCGAUCAGCAUUGUAUUCCAGAAGUUUGCUCGACCAGCAUAGGGACAUGAGGCUAGACAUAGACAAUAUGAGCUAUGAGGAACUGCUUGCAUUAGGGGAAAGGAUUGGACAUGUUAGCACAGGCCUGUCUGAAGAUAUGAUCUUGAAGUGUUUGACUGAAUCAAUAUAUUGUUCUUCAGAUCAAUUUCAAGAGGAAGGAACAUGCGUAAUAUGCCUGGAGAAAACAGAUAAAUGUUAUCAAAGGCAACCUAACUAUUCUGAACUCUGUUCUGUUCGACAGGAAGAGUACAAGGACAUGGACGAUGUUGGGACAUUGAAAACCUGCCGUCACGAUUUCCAUGUGGGCUGCAUCAGGACAUGGUUAUCUAUGAAAAACCUCUGCCCGAUCUGCAAAUCUUGUGCUCUGGCUGAUCAUAUGAAGCAGCAAUAA